CUACCGCUCUAUUCUCCAGUUGGUGAAGCCCUGGCAUGAUGAAGUGAAGGACUAUGUGUUCCCUUACCCCCAGGACUGCAACCCCAGGUGCCCUCUCAAAUGCUACGGACCCAUGUGUACACAUUAUACCCAGAUGGUUUGGGCCACAACAAACAAAGUUGGCUGUGCUGUACAUACCUGUCACAAUAUGAACGUGUGGGGGAACGUGUGGAAACGGACAACAUACUUAGUGUGCAACUAUUCAUCCAAGGGGAACUGGAUCGGAGAGGCACCCUAUAAAGUAGGCGUCCCGUGCUCCGCCUGUCCCCCGAGCUACGGAGGCUCCUGUUCCAACAACAUGUGCUUCCCAGCCCUCAACACAAACUAUCUGCAGUGGUUCAAAUAGAGUCCUUGUCCAGGCUGCGUCCCAAAUCACAGCCUAUUCUCUAUGUAGCCCUAUGGGCCCUGGUCAAAUGUAGUACACUAGAUAGGGAAUAGGGUUCCAUUUAGGAUGGAGACUAACACCAAGCUAACAUCACGACCCCCGACCCCAACACAGAGACUUUCCCCCCUGAAGGAUUUGUACAACAGUCCUGAAAAAAUGCUAAUUUUUGUACAUAUGGGCUUAUUUACGUUGGAAGGCAGCACAUUUAAAAAAAAAAAAAAAUUAUGUGUACAUAGAAUGUAUAUUAAUGUUGUUUUAUUUGUUACUAGAACUUGUCUUUUUGUACGAUUAUCCUAUGAUGAAUUGGAUUGAUUGAUAGGAAGAUAAUUUAUCUUGUGAACGAUGUUUUAAUAACAGAUAUGGUGCAGAUACUGUUUCAGUAUUAUAGUAUUAUGGUUCGCCAUUGGCCAUGUACCUGUAGGAAGUGGAUACUCAUGGACACACCACCUCACAAUGGUCCAAUAGAAACAACUGGAGACACCUUGUCAUUUUUUGGAGACAGGUUUAUUGACACGGCAGCGAUAGCAAAAAAAAAAAGAUCGCUAACUAACUGUAAACAAUUCUAGCUGGCUAGCUAAUUAUCUUGGCUAACUGUGGAGCAAAACAAUUCACUUAUUUACCAUUGAUUAGCUACCGUAAAUAUAUUUGCUAGCAAAUGCUACGCUGUCACCUAGCCUGCAAGGUGUCUCCAGCGAUGUUUACUUUUUGACGUUUUAUGACACCUCCACUUCGUAGUAUGUAUUUCAGAGGCAUUUUGAAGUCUGAGGGAAAGACAAAGUAACACAGUGCUGGCUGCUAGUCUCAAAUCAAUCAAAUGGUGCAAAACACACAGAGGACUAUACAGCUCUCAAUGGUGCUAAACACACAGAGGACUAUACAGCUCUCAAUGGUGCUAAACACACAGAGGACU